CUCAAAUGGAACAAUAUUAUAAUCAGAUCUACGUAUAUGGUCCAGACCCACGAUUUCCUAUUUCACCUGCUGCCCUUGCCGGAGCUGCCGCAUACAAGGCCGUGAAAUUACAUGAAGAAAAUUAUCAUCUUACGGGUCUAAAUCCACGUCAAAAUCAUAAUUAUGCCAUAAAUCUUAUACGUGAAAGUGCUGCUAAUGAAGCUAAUCUACUAUUACAAAGAUUUCCAUUACCUGGCAUUGAUCCCAUGAUUGUUGUGGUUUCUGCCGAAGCUG